GUUUUCUCUGAGGGCAGGGGCGGGACUGGGUUGGGCAUCCUCGCUGGGGCGGCCGAGCGGCCUGCUAGGUCAGUCUCGCCGGCCUGGCCGCGGGCGCCGACCUGAAGGUCCCGGCAUGCAGCGGGGCCGCAGGGCCAGACCGGAGACGGAAACCGGCUGGAAGCAGCCCCUGCUCGGUGGUUCUUGGGUCCCGUCCGACGUAGUUGCGGGGUCUUGGGCGACUAAACUCGCCAAGAUGGCCUGGGCAUCUUCUGCAUUUAAUCUGCAAAUAUUGACCAGAGCGUCCUGGUGUCCAGCCUACCUUCAGGAACUCUAAUUCUACCAAAAAAGAUCAGAGUGUAAAACCUGUCCGGUCAGUUCUUGGAGAGAGGGCCCGAUGAGAAUUAAAAGGGUUGGCUCAUCAGGGAAGUUAUUUGAUGGCCCUUUACGGAUCUGGCCAAGGCAUGCUUCCUUGAGGGAAAAAAAUAGCUUUGUUUUGUUGGAGUAAGGAGUAGCCAGAUGAUGGCAAGAAAAGUUAAGAAGAUCAUACCACUGGAUAAAGAUUCUUCACAAUUAAAAAUAACAUAGUAAAAUAAUCCAAGAUGUCUGUUGAUCCAAUGACCUAUGAGGCCCAGUUCUUAGGCUUCACACCACAAACUUGCAUGCUUAGGAUCUACAUUGCAUUUCAAGACUACUUAUUUGAAGUGAUGCAAGCUGUUGAACAGGUUAUUCUGAAGAGACUGGAUGGCAUCCCAGACUCUGAGAUUAGCCCAGUCCAGAUUCGUAAAUGCACAGAGAAGUUUCUUUGUUUCAUGAAAGGACGUUUUGAUAACCUUUUCAGCAAAAUGGAGCAACUGUUUUUGCAGUUAAUUUUACGUAUUCCCCCAAACAUCUUGCUUCCUGAAGAUAAAUGUCAAGAGACACAUCCUUAUACUGAGAAAGAAUUCCAGCUUCUCCAAAAAGAAAUUGAACAGUUACAAGAGAAGUAUAAGACUGAAUUAUAUACUAAACAGGCACUUCUUACAGAAUUAGAAGAGCAAAAAAUUGUUCAGGCCAAACUGAAACAGAUGUUGACUUUUUUUGAUGAACUUGAAAAUGUUGGCAGAGGUCAUGGGAUUAGUGAUUUUAGGGAGAGUUUGGUGUCUCUGGUCCAGAACUCCAAAAGACUACAGAACAUUAGAGACAAUGUGGAAAAAGAAGGCAAAAAACUGAAAAUUUCUUAAUUUCUAAAUAAGUUUCUUUUAUUUCUAAAUAAAGGGGAGAAAUGCCUGCCAAAAAGUAAAUGAUGAAGAAUUCACACCAAUGACUGUUCAGUGAACCUUAUAUUUUGUUAGAUAUUCUUAUUCACUCUUUCUGUAAUCCAUGUCUUCCUUCUAUUUCAGUCUACUCUCCUGAAGUAUCUAUUUACUACCUUGAACUCAUCUUCGAAGCAUUUGUUCCUUAGUGGCCUUUAUAAGGGGGAAGGGAUUCUUGAUUUAAUAUUGGCUCAUUUGGGAGCAUAACUGAAGAAUUGAAGACAUGACCAAAGAUACUUAUAAAAUUGUACACUGGUCAUGAGUCCUUUGUGACUUUGAUCCUCCUUUUUUAGCCAGUCAUUACAUUGGAACAGCCAACAAAGAUGCUUUUGCCCCAUAGCAUUUUUUUUUAAUGUAACUACAUAACUGUUGAAAUAAGCAAGUAGCAAAAAUGAUAACCUUGCUCUUUGGUAAAGAAGAAAGAAGUUGCUUUUGUUUCCAAAAUAAAUUGGUUUCAUGACUAAGGCCCUAGUGAUGUUAAGUAAUUUUACUAUUUAGCAUCUAAUUGGAGAAGACCUUGGGUAAAAAAGGAAUAAAUACCACUGGGAUAGAAAAGGAAGCAUGGAGUAUAUUAAAGAGUGAAAUUUAUAUUUACUGACUGAAAGGUAUUUAUAUCCAUUUUUUUAAUACUUCAGUUUUAGAAUUUGCAAUGAACCUAAUAUUUAUCUAACUUAUUUAUGUAUACUCAUAAACAUCAAAUAUUUUGUACCUUCAGUGGGAAAUCAUAGCUUUGUCUUAUGUUUAAAUUCAGUGGAGUCUAAUAUUCCUUUCUGUAAUUAGUCCAUGUAAAAUGCUAGAUAAUCCAAGGAAAGAGGAAAUAGUGGUUGCUCUUAUGGUAUUGCUUACGCUCCAUGUCUUCCUAAAGAACAGGAUUUGGAGUUUCUCCUUUAUGUAGAGAAGGAGUAGUUUAGGGUAUUAAUAUAUAGAGAGAUUUUUGAAAGCCUAUGUUUACCUGGAAUAUGAUUGUUAUCAAGAAGUACUUUUUCCAAUCCUGUACAUUAAAUAAUACCAUUUUUUAAAAAGACUUUGGUUUUCGAUUUUCUGUCGUCUAUAAUAUUAGGAUAUAUUUCUUUUCUCAGUAUAGCUUUUUACCUAAAUGAAAACAUUCUAUUUUCACAUUUGUAGUUUAUUUAGAAUCUACUAUAGUGGGUAGGAUGGUGAUAUCUCUAAAGAUUAUUCAUGUUUCAAUUUCUUGAAUCUGUGUAUGUUGCCUUAUUUGGAAAAAGAGUUUUCAAAUAUAAUUAAGAAAUUAUGGUAUUCUGGGUUCCUGCUCUGACGUCAGCAGCUCUCCUUGAGGGUGAGGAGCUCGCGGAACUGCAGCCAUGACUGAGGCUGAUGUGAAUCCGAAGGCCUAUCCCCUCACAGAUGCUCACCUUACCAAGAAACUAUUAGACCUCGUUCAGCAAUUGUGUAAUUACAAGCAACUUCGGAAAGGAGCCAAUGAGGCCACUGAAACCCUCAACAGAGGCAUCUCUGAGUUCAUUGUGAUGGCCGCAGACGCUGAGCCCCUGGAGAUCAUCCUUCACCUCCCACUGCUGUGUGAAGACAAGAAUGUGCCCUAUGUGUCUGUGCGUUCCAAACAGGCCCUAGGGUGAGCGUGUGGUGUCUCCAGGCCUGUGAUUGCCUGUUCUAUCACCAUCAAAGAAGGCUCACAGCUAAAGCAGCAGAUCCAGUCCAUUCAGCAGUCUUGGUCUAAACCUUGCCUCUGCCAUGCCCUCCCGACCUACCUGACGCCUCUCCCUCUACCUCUCCCUGAGCUCUUUCUUGUUUACGUAUCCUGUGUUUGUAGUAUUUUCAACUACUUUCUGUUACAAAAUAUCACAGUACUAAGUCUGGUU